ACUGAUAUACUCCCCAGGCAGGAUGGGGGAGAAGCGGCACCGGUCGAAGAGCAAGAGCAAGAAGCAGGGCAAGGACCGGCGUGAGGCUGUGGCCGAGGACGAGACCUCGUCGGCCUCGGCCGUCCUUGGCGAGGUCUCCGACUGGCGCCAGGCCGAGUCCAAGGGACGCCGGAAUGACAAGGCGGCAAGGCGGCGGCGGGCGGCAGCACGGAAGGAGACGUCAACUGGAGCCGACGGAAGCGAAGGCUAUGGUCGUGGCUGGGAGGAGGACGUCAACGUAGUGCCGGUCUUUGACCCGGCUGGUCGCCGUUCCCGCCGGCGGGACUCGUCGACGUCGUCGACGACGGGCAGAAAGGCCCGGAGAAAGUCGGCGGCGACGACAGGCAAGCUGGGCAGAACAGCAGGCAAGCAUGCAGUCGACUCGCGACAUGACGCCGCUAUGGCUGCUGCGGCAGGCAAGGACCACGUUGGCGCGCUCGAGGCCGAGUGGGACGACGGCAACCCGUUUACUGACGACGAGGUCGCCGAGGCCCGCAACGACCAGGGCAUUCCGCCGACCUACGCCGCUGCCGUCCGCGCUGCCCGCCGCAAUCGCCGGCGCGCAGCCCGUGAUGCUGAAGCCGGUGUCGAUGCUGCUGCCGCCGCCGUCGGCCCGUCGGAGGAUCCCGAGGCCGAGGCCAAGCGCCAGGCCCAUGCCCGCCGCCUCCGGGUUCUGCAGGAGACCGAGCGUAUGCUCACCGCCAACAUGCCACCGGCUCCCGAGGAGCUGCGCCGGCUGCCGAUGGCCGCGCCGAUGCGGGUCCAGCGCGACAAGAACGGCAUCGUCAUCGAUGCUGCCGCCGGCCUCUCGCAGACCGAGAUCAACCGCCAGGCCGCGCUCGUCCGCGCCGAGAUCGAGCGUACCAAGCAGUGGGCCACGGCGCAGCUGCUGCGCGAAGAGUACCAGGUCCGCCGGCUCAUCUCGGCCAACCGCCAGCUUGCCGCCCUCUUCCGCGACAACGAGCCGCUGCCGGGUGUCCUGGCCGCCAUGCGCGAGGACAUUGCCGACGCUGCCGACUCGGAGGAGGCUCUCAAGUUCAAGAUUCACUCGGUGCUCGCCGAGCAGGAGGGCCUCGACACCGACCUCGCGUCGGCCUUUCACCAAAUCGCAGACCUCGAGCAGCAGGCUCAGCGCGCAACGGUCGCUCGUGAGGAGCUCCGCCUCGCCGUCUACUCGACCGAAGAGAGCCUCGAGCUGCGCCGGCUCGCCGCCACGCUCCCGCUAGAGGAAAUGCCGCCUGAGAUCGGCGAGUGCGUGCGGAUGGAGGGGGCACUCGAGACGACCACCACCGUCACCAACGAGCGCGUCCAGCACAUGCUGGCUGCCCGCGAGGCUGCAGAGGCAUCCAAGGCGCUGGCCGCCGAGCUUGACGCCGAGAUUUCGCGCGCUCGCACAAAGAGCCGCAGCGAAGACCCUCUCGCCCGCAAGGGCGCGUUCGACCCGGAGCUCCCGCUCCAGGCCCAGCUUCGCCAUGUCAAGGCCAUCGACAUCAACCGCGAGCGGUUGCUCAACUUUCUCCUCGCUCGCUCCGAGUCGACCCACGAGAUGCUGCAGUCGUCGCUCAACGCUGUCGAGGCCUAUCUCGAGGCCAACCACCUCAUUCCGCGCCGCAAGGUCAUCACCACCAUCCGCCGCCACCGCCGCCAGGAGACUCGCCCGCUUCACUCGCCGCCUCCUCCUCCGCCGCGCCCGCCGCAGCCAGGCUACGUCUACCCAGCCCCAUCGCCCGCUCCGCCGCAGCCGCCACGCCCGCCGCGCCCGCCCGUCUUUGCUCCGUCGCUCUCGUACUACCCGCCGCAGCCCUCGCACCUCCCGGGGCCCGAAGCACCCGGCCCGGCGCAGAUCACCUCGAUCACGUACAUCUACCCCGACGGCCACGAGACGACGACGCCGCCGGAACAGUACCUGCGCAAGCACCCGGAGCUGCACAUGUCGCCCGAUCAUAUUGUGCAUCCACAGCCCGGCGCCGCCGCCAUGUAUUCCGCCGCCUCGCCGGUCCCGGUCGUCUCGUCGACGCCGGCCUCGCCCGGCCUCUCGUACUACGCCUCGCCAGGCGGGUAUUCUCAGAGCUCCAUGAGUGCCGGAGCGCUCUCGCCCGACGACGCCGCGCGCCACCACCGGCUGCAGCAGCUUGAGGCUGCCAAGCAGCGGUUCCAUCAGGCGACACCCGAGCAGCUCCGCGCCCGCCGUGAGAUGAUGGAGGCCCAGACCGCAGAGCUCCAGCGCCAGCUGCGCUCGCACUUUUCCGCCCACGGCGGCGCCACCCACUCGGCUCUCUCGUCGCCCGCCUCGUCGCGGGCCUCGUCGCCCGCCGCCGUCCAGGCCCAGCAGGCCCAGCUCCUCGAGCAGCUCCGCCACCGCCAGGCGGUCUUCAACCAGCAGCUUGUCGCUUCGGGCGCCAGCCCUGUCCACACCCAGACCGGUUACAACGACGACGACGAUGCUGAGUCACUCAUCUCCAGUGACUCGGCCUCCAUCGACUCGCUCGCCAUCGAGUCGACUCUGGCCAACCUCGACGCCAUCUCGGCCGCCAUCGAGUCGCACCUCGCCCAGCCGCGUACCGCCUCGUCCACCACCACCACCGACCGCUUCUCCUCGACGACAACGACCACCACCCGGGCACCCGCAGUCUCCGACCUUGCAGCAUGCCAUGCCGCGCACCAGGCCAACCGGAUGAUCCAGAGGUUGGAGUACGAUCCGGAAGCCAACACGGUCGGCAUGGAGAUCGGAGACGGACUUGGCGGGCAGAGUGUGGCGCUGACUCUGGUCAUGGCGGAUGGCUACCCGGACGAGCCAUGCUCGCUGCUGGAUGGUGGAUCGAUGAGUUUAGUCUCGGGUCCACUGACAACCAUUGUCGAUGAGACGUGCGCAAUGGUGGCCAAGCGGCUCGGCGUGCCGUACGUGGGCCAUGUGACCCGGGCCUCGACGGUUGACUCGAUCCUCUCGCUCUACUCGGACUCAGAGUGCGUGCUCGAGCUAUCAUACUCUUCUUCUGACGAUGAGGAGGACUUGCAUCCGAUGGCAGUCUCGAGUCGUGCCAUCUCCGGCCACAAGCUCCUCGCCCGCGACGUCGCCAUCUUUGAGUCGCUUCAUGGCAAGGGCCGCGCUGACUUUACUGCGCUCCGCGGUCUUGACUCGGGUACGCUCACCCUCCAGUGGUGGCCGCCGCUCACUCGGAUGACCGGCAAGGCCUGGGGCGUCGACAUGUCCACCCCAGUGCUCAUCGAGUUUGAUUUGGUGCCGACCUCGUACCUUUUCUCGCGCGAUCCGCCGCGGGUGCGGGUCUCGCAGGACUCGGACAAGCCAUUCUUACUCGCGUUCCAGCUCCGGAACAUUCUUAACAGCUUCCUCGGCAAAAUAUGGAGCGAGCUGUCGACCCGGCUCAAGCACUGCCAUCUCGACGGUGCCAUUCCUUGCGAGGACGCGGGUAAGGGAAAGGACACGAUCGACGAUGUGGCGGGCACAAGCUCAAUGGCGACGUCGGCGACGUCGACGACUUCCGCUGCACUCACCGCGCCCGCUUCCGAUAACCACUCGCUUGCUCACAUGCAGCUGUUGCAGGUGGCAGUUGCGCUCACUGAUAUGGGCUUCCCACUCGAGGCUGCGAUUGCGGCGCUCAACAUCGCAGCGACGAUGGAGGAGGCAACAGAGCUCCUCCUGACUCGCGGUGAAAGCUUGCUGGACGACCCGCCGGGCGGGCCGAUUCCGGGCUCGUACGCACACAUGCUCAGCAUUGCGCACGGCGAGACGCUGAGCGGCCGGGCCGACGAGGAAAGCCAAGCCUCACCAGCUGCCAAAACGGCUUCCCCGCACAGCGGCGCCAUCUUUGCUGGUGACGACGGCUUGGGCGCUCUUGACGUUGAGAACAUGGUCGACUAUGAUCACGGCCUGCCAAGCCUCAUUGUGUCGUAUCUCAACGCACGGACGCCACAUCUCAAUUCGGUCUGCAUCAUCUGCGACCAGCCGCACCUCUUUGCAUCUGGGCUCAUGCUCAAGCCGUCAGUCUGCUCGCGGACAAUCUGCUCGUUUGCCUUUCAGGAUCUGGGCGUGGCCGCCGACGCCGCGGCAGAGCUGGCUCUCGGCACCGCCAUCAUCGACCUGCUGGUCUGCUUUGCCGUGGCCGCUGCUACCGACGCGCAGGCCGAGCUCAUUUUCGACCCCUUCCCGCGAUUGUACGAUCCGAACGACCGACAGGUGGUGGUCCUCGACCCGGAUAACAAGGACUUUACUAUUCUGCGCGAGAUCCUCAACUCGUUCCCGCCUGUGGCCGAGAUGGCGUCGGUGUCGUCUGCACAGCAGCUGCAGGACCGGCUCAACGAGGCCAACCGGUUUGCCUACCCGCUCCUCGCUUGGCUCAUUUCAUCCAACCGGUCGCACAUUGUGCUGCUCCCGCCGGAGCAGCGGCUGCAAAUCAAGACCCCUUUCCAGUACCUCAUGCUCUCAUCUGCGCCCGAGAAGGAGGCUGUCUUCCAGGAGCUCAAGGUCAAGCAUGGAUCCAAGUUUGCGUGGCACGGUUCGCCGACUCAGAACUGGCACUCGAUCUCGCGACGCGGCCUGGUGUCGGCGUCAGGGACCAAGCUGCAGCGCCAUGGCUCUGCGCAUGGGAGCGGCAUCUACCUGUCGACCACGCUCUCGUAUUCGAUGGGCUACUCGACUAAGAACUCGCGAUUCACCGGGCGCGGCACGAGGGUUGCCGCCACGACUGCCGACGCCGACGAGUAUGAGGCCCGGUUCCUUGAUCCCGAGAACAUGAUCUGUGUCGCACUGUGUGAGUUGAUCGACACCUCCGAGGUCCGCAAGUCGAACAACAUCUGGGUCGUCCCCAACGCUGACCACGUCGCCGUCCGCUUUCUCUUUGUCUUUUCCCACGCCAAGUCCAUCGAGUACGAGAAGCGCAACUCAACCGAUUCUUCUUUCCAUGCCGAAGUCUGCGACAUCCUUGCCGCCCAGAUGAGCGGAUAGGCUCCGAGGGCGAAUGAGCGUGUUGUGCUCCGAUGCCCCUUUUCAACUCAAGGAGAGCGAGAGAGAACCUGAUCAUGAUCGCGGUUGCGAUCGCGCGCCAAAGCCACCAACCGUCCCGCACCUUCCCCUCCGCACCCCCCUCCCUUCCCACAACACCCCUUUCGUCCCCCAGCCUUACACCUCACCCUUCCCC